AUGGAGUCUGAUUUGAGCGACACACCGCUAGCGGGCUCGAAAGAGCACAGUGGGCACCUCUCUGAGCAAGACCAGGAGAAGCGCAAGGCCAUUCAAGAGGCCUGUGGGCGACGCGACUUUGCAACCCUGGUCGAGCUAGCAACCUCAACUGGCGGCCUUCUGACCGAUGAGCUACGCCGACAAGCUUGGCCGAUUUUAUUGGGCUGCGAUGUUGGCGAUGAUGGAAGAGAGCGCAAAGAAGCCAAUCGAUCAUGGAGAGAGCUUCCCCGGCAUGCCGACGAGGACCAGGUCCGACUCGACGUCGACCGUGCCUUUGUAUACUACCCUAAAGACGAGUCCGAGCAGUCGCUCGAGAUCAAGAAGAGGCAACUGUCUGACCUGAUUGUCUCGACGUUGAGAAAGCACCCGGUACUCUCCUACUUUCAGAGCUAUCACGACGUGGUACAGGUGUUGCUUCUUGUUCUUGGAGACGAACACGCCGCCGCCGCGGUUCCACGCAUAUCGCUCCUUCGGCUUCGCGACUACAUGCUGCCCACCAUCUCACCCGCACGAAAACACUUUGAGCUGGUCUCAGCUAUUGUGAAGGCUGCCGAUCCCGAACUGGCUGCCCACAUCGCCGAAGCGGAGAAUAGUUUUGCUCUAUCAGCCACCCAUUCACUAUUUGCCCACGACAUCCAGGACUAUGGUGACAUUGCUCGGCUGUAUGAUUUCCUCCUGGCACACGAGCCCGUGAUGAGCAUCUAUUUGUUUGCUGCAGUUACGAUAUCACGACGCGCCGAGUUGCUUGAGAUGCCCGCGGACCAGUCUGAUAUACUCACCUUCAUGAUUUCGAAGCUGCCGCAGACCCUCAAUAUCGAUGCCCUCGCCCUGGAUACGUUGGCAUUAUUCCGACAGCAGCCCCCGGAAAAGCUCGAGGGGUUCAUUUGGUGGCGGCUCUCGCAGUACAGUGUCCUCAAGACCUCGCGGCAAAUCAAUAGCCCUCACAGUCUCGAAGAAGCCGAGCUCCUUUGCAAGAAGCAGAUUGCUCAAUUACGGAGGGACGAAAGAAUGAAGAGGACCGCAGCAGCGCUUUUGCGCCACCAAAGACCCAUCUUGUCCUUGUCGGCCGCACUUCUGGUGGGGGCUCUGUCUCUCUGGCUCAGGAAGAGCGGGCAGGAUAGGUUCUUUUGGACUUUGAUAUCUUCUGCGUCACAUUUGUUCUCGAAAGGGCAGUAG